GGAGGGGAUCCAUCGCCGCGCCGCGCCGCCCCGCAGGCCAUGUCGGGCCACCUCGACCGCCACGCGCGCCCAAGUACAGAUGGGUGCUCAAGUCACGACGAGCGCAGAGACCACAGGUUGGAUUUUGAAAUCUCCGAAGAUGAAAAGAAGACGAGGAUGGGCUCUCUCAAGAAGAAAGCUAUAGAUGCAUCCAGUAAGCUUAGACAUUCCUUAAAGAAGAAGAACAGGAGGAAGAGUGGUAGUCGGGUUCUGUCUGUGUCAAUCGAAGAUGUGCGCGAUCUAGUGGAACUGGAAGCAGUGGAAUCAUUUAGACAGGCGCUGAUUUUGGACGAGUUGUUGCCUGCAAAACAUGAUGACUAUCAUAUGCUGCUGAGAUUUCUAAAAGCAAGGAAAUUUGACAUCGAGAAAGCAAAGCAAAUGUGGACUGACAUGCUUCAGUGGAGGAAGGAGUAUGGUACCGAUACAAUUGUUGAGGACUUUGAUUACACCGAGUUGGACACUGUUCUGGAAUAUUAUCCUCAUGGUUAUCACGGUGUUGACAAAGAGGGAAGACCUGUUUAUAUUGAAAGGCUUGGAAAGGUUGAUCCUAACAAGCUUAUGAAUGUAACAACUAUGGACAGAUAUGUAAGGUAUCAUGUGAAGGAAUUUGAGAGGAGCUUCUUGAUCAAAUUUCCAGCAUGCUCUCUUGCCGCAAAAAGGCACAUCAACUCGAGCACAACUAUUCUAGACGUUCAGGGCGUGGGUUUGAAAAAUUUCAGCAAAACUGCACGUGAAUUAAUUAUGCGACUGCAGAAAAUUGACAGCGAUAACUACCCUGAGACUUUAUUCCAAAUGUUCAUAGUCAAUGCUGGCCCGGGCUUUCGACUGUUAUGGAACACUGUGAAAUCCUUCAUUGACCCCAAAACCACUUCCAAGAUACAUGUACUUGGGACUAAGUGUCAAAGUAAACUGCUUGAAAUAAUUGAUGCUAGUGAAUUGCCAGAAUUUCUUGGUGGCACUUGUACCUGUCCUGAAUAUGGAGGGUGCCUUAAAGCCGAAAAAGGGCCAUGGAAGGAGCCGUACAUACUGAAGAAAGUCCUUAAUGGUGAGGCCCAGUGUGCUCGGCAGAUCGUAACUAUUUCCAAUGGAGAGGAAACUGUUAUUUCUUAUGCCAAGUCCAAGCACCAAAUGAUCCGUGGAAGCGAUACAUCAACUGCGGAGUCUGGAUCUGAAGCUGACGAUGUAACUUCUCCCAAAGCUCUGAGAAGUUACAUCUCUCAUCCUAAGUUGACCCCUGUUCGAGAAGAGGUCAAGAUGAUCAGGGCCACUAGCUUUACUACCCGUAUGCCUGAAUAUGACAUUCCUGUCGUCGACAAGGCUGUGGAUGCAACAUGGAAGAGAGAAGUGCCUAGGAAGGCACCCUUCCCAUCCACAGAAUCUUCCCUCAAAAGCACCACCAAGGCAUCCAACAGGUCCUUGGAUCAGAUUCUUCCAGCUCUGAUGGCUUUCGUGCUUGCCAUUGUAACGCUGCUUCGGUCAGUUAAAGAUAUUGGCACAAAGAGAUUGUCUGAUAAAAACGAGCCAGAAGAACAAAGCUCUGAAUUAUAUCAUGACUCCUUUCCAAAACCCGAGUUCCGGCCCCCUUCGCCAAGUCCUGGGUUUGCUGAAUCUGACCUGUUUUCCUUAGUCUUGCAAAGACUGGCACAGCUUGAAGAGAAGGUUCAGACGCUUCAAGAAAAACCUUCUGAAAUGCCUUGCGAGAAAGAAGAGUUGCUUAAUGCAGCCGUCCGCCGCGUGGAUGCACUGGAAGCUGAACUCAUCGUAACAAAGAAGGCUUUACACGAGGCUCUCAUCAGGCAGGAGGAACUACUUGCAUAUGUAGACAGGAAGACAAUUGCUAAGGCUCAGAAAAAGAAGAAGACGAUGUCUUGCUACUAGGACCAGGAGAGAGACCAUACCCCCUGUUGAGUUUUCUUCCUUCUGAGAUGCCAGAGAGGCAGAUAUGGCGUUUGAGAUGAUGUAAACGAGUGAUCUGUUCGUUUUCCUGACAAAUGCGAAAUGACAGAUAUCGGUUGUAAAUCGACAGAAAAUCCUGACAUAAAUAAAAUGUGUUUUUGCACUG